ACGCUAUGCGUAUGACCGCGUCCCUCUCUGCAAGGCGAGCACCACCGGAGAGACCCGCACGCCGCCGCCGCCGCCGCUGCUGCUGCUGACCGCCGGCGAGCAACCAAACGCCGGCUGACGAGCGAACCCAGGCCGGCCAACAGGAGCAGGAACACGCCGACGCUGAUUGACCUCCGCCGGGGGAGAAGAGGGAAGAAAAUUAACCGGCCAAGAGCUGGCCCUGGAUAGAGGGAUUGGAAAAAGAGGACGAGUGUGGCGUCCCAGAGCCUGGCGUCCUGUUUGUCAUCCUCUCCUCUCUUCUUCUGCUUAGCCAAGCAUUCACAUCUCGCCAAACUCCACUCUUCCCUCCCCCUUACUUCUCUUCUUCUUCUUCUUCUUCUCCUCUUUUAUUCAGAACUCCUCCUCCUCUGCAACUGGCAAACUUCUCAUCCUUCUCUACAUCUUCCACACCAGUGUCCUCUCACUUUCUCUCUCUCUCUCUUUUACUGCUCUUCCCUCUCUGCUCCUUCGCCUUUGACUCAUCAUGGCGUCCAAACUGAACCCCAACGUCCUGUACGUGGCGGAGCCGGGCGAGUCGCUGGGCUCGCCCCAAGCAGACUCUGAGAGGACUCAUAUUGCUGGAGAAGCUGGAGAAGAGUCGUCAGACAGCGACGGGGAACAAGAAGAAACGUCACACAAACUGAUCCGCAAAGUGUCGACCUCGGGACAAAUAAGGGCCAAGAAAAGUGUGAAGGAGGGAAUCCUGUUAAAGCAGACCAGCUCCUUCCAGAGAUGGAAGAGGAGGUACUUCAAACUCAGAGGGAGGACCCUCUACUAUGCCAAAGACUGCAAGUCUCUGAUUUUUGACGAAGUGGACCUGUCAGAUGCCAGUGUGGCCGAGACCAGCACCAAGAACAUCAACAACAGCUUCACGGUGAUCACUCCAUUCCGCAAAUUAAUGCUAUGUGCCGAGAGCAGGAAGGAAAUGGAGGACUGGAUCAGCGCUCUCAAAUCCGUCCAAAAAUGGGAAACCUAUGAGGCCAGCCAGUUCAACAUGGAGCAUUUCUCUGGGAUGCACAACUGGUACGCCUGCUCGCACGCCAGACCGACCUUCUGCAACGUCUGCAGAGAGGCUCUGCCAGGCGUCACCUCCCACGGCCUGUCCUGUGAAGUUUGUAAAUUCAAGGCUCAUAAGCGCUGUGCAGUUCGCUCCACCAACAACUGCAAAUGGACCACACUGGCCUCCAUAGGAAAUGACAUCAUCGAGGAUGAGGAAGGGGUGUCCAUGCCCCACCAGUGGCUGGAGGGCAACCUGCCGGUCAGUGCCAAAUGCGUGGUGUGUGACAAGAACUGUGGCAGCGUGCGCCGGCUGCAGGACUGGCGCUGCCUCUGGUGCAAAGCCAUCGUCCACAACAGCUGUAAAGAACAAAUGGGCAAGGUGUGUCCCUUGGGUCAAUGUCGAGUGUCAAUCAUCCCUCCCACUGCACUUAACAGCAUUGACUCAGAUGGCUUUUGGAAAGCCACCUCCGCGUCAUGCUCCAGCCCUCUCCUCGUCUUGGUCAACUCCAAAAGUGGAGACAACCAGGGGGUCAAGUUCCUCCGCAAGUUCAAGCAGCUUCUCAACCCAGCUCAAGUCUUUGACCUGAUGAAUGGAGGACCAGAGCUCGGCCUUCGCCUUUUCCAAAAGUUUGUGACGUUUCGUAUCCUGGUGUGCGGAGGAGAUGGGAGCGUGGGCUGGGUGCUCUCAGAGCUGGAUAAACUCAACCUCCAUAAACAGUGCCAGCUCGGCGUGCUGCCUCUGGGCACAGGUAACGACCUGGCUCGCGUUCUGGGCUGGGGCGGCCUCUGUGACGACGACGCUCAGCUGCUGCAGAUCCUGGAGAAGCUGGAGAGAGCCACCACCAAAAUGUUGGACCGAUGGAGCGUGAUGACAUACGAGGUGCCCACCACCAACAAACACACGCCGAUCGUGAAGGAAGACGACAGCCUCGAUUCUCCUCUGCAGGUCCACAUCACUCAGUAUGCAGACUCCGUGGCCUCCCACCUCGCCAAGAUCCUGGACUCGGACAAACACAGUGAUGUCAUUUCCUCUGCCAAGUUCCUGUGUGGGACGGUGAACGAUUUUGUGGCGGAGGUGGGGAAGGCGUACGAGAGAGCCACGGAGAACAAGGAGGAGGCAGAUGCGAUGGCAAAGAAGUGUGCGUUGCUGAAUGAGAAGCUUGAUUCACUCGUCAAGGCCUUAAGCGAGGAAGCGGAAGCCCAGGUGGUGCCAGCAGGUUCAGUGCCCAGCCAGGAGAGCGGAGGCUCCAGCCCCGGUGAAAGUGGCGGUGAGUCGGGUUCAGAGGGCAAAACAUACCGGUCCAAGGAGCAGCUGAUGCUCAGGGCCAACAGCCUGAAGAAAGCCCUGAGGCAGAUCAUCGAACAGGCUGAGAAAGUGGUGGACGAACAGAACCGACACACGCAGGUCCAGAGGAUGUCGUCCUCGUCCUCCAUCAAAAGAGAAAACAGUGAGGAGCUGAAGGAUGCUGAGCCACGUCCAGGAGGUUUAAGUCCCACCUCGCCCAUCGUCCUGGAGAAACCAGAGAGCCUCAACACCGUCACCUUCAACGAGGACUCUGUACAAUGUUCAGAGAAGUGUGUGAUGAACAAUUACUUUGGCAUCGGCCUGGACGCCAAGAUUUCCCUGGAGUUCAACAACAAGAGAGAUGAACACCCCAAGAAAUGCAGUAGUCGCACCAAAAACAUGAUGUGGUACGGGGUACUGGGAACCAAAGAGCUGGUCCAGAAGACGUACAAGAACCUGGAGCAGAGAGUUCAGCUGGAGUGUGACGGCGUUCCCAUGUCUCUGCCGAGUCUGCAGGGCUUGGCUGUGCUCAACAUCCCCAGUUACGCAGGUGGUAUCAACUUCUGGGGAGGGACCAAGGAGGACAAUAACUUCGGGGCUCCGUCGUUUGAUGAUAAGAAGUUGGAGGUGGUGGCUGUGUUCGGCAGCAUGCAGAUGGCCGUGUCCCGAGUCAUCAACCUGCAGCACCACCGCAUUGCGCAGUGCCGUCAGGUGAAGAUCACCAUCCUGGGGGAGGAGGGGGUUCCCGUGCAGGUGGACGGAGAGGCUUGGAUCCAGCCGCCCGGCAUCGUCAAAAUCAUCCACAAGAACCGGGCACAGAUGCUCACCAGAGACAGGGCCUUUGAGAGCACGCUGAAGUCGUGGGAGGACAAGAGGAAGAUCGACAGCUACCGUGCCACCAGGCCCCGCCUAAACUCCCAGCAGUCCAUGGAGUACCUGACUGAGGAGGAGUGCGCUCAGGUUCAGCAGCUGGGCAUGGUGGCCGACUCCCUCAUCAACAAGAUUCGCGAGGCAGCCAAGACCCACAAGCUGGUGGAGCAGGAGUUGGCUCACGCCGUCAACGCCACCGCCCUGGUGCUCACUGAGGCCAAACUGUCCAGCCCUGAGUGUCUGAGUCGCAGCACAGCAGUGGAAAUUGUCAACAGCAGCAAAGUUCUCCAGGCUGAGACCAAGAUGCUGCUCGAUGGAAAACUACUGAACUUUGGACAUUAUCAAACCAAAACCCUUCCUCCUCCUCCUCCUCCUCCUCCUCAGUCGGAUUCUCCACAGGAAGAGGAGCUGCGGUCGACUCUGAACAGCCUCAGUGCCGAGCUCCACAAGCUGGACGACAUCCACUGGAUUUGUCCGCUCAUGCAGUGCUCUGAAGAGGACUCGGUGAGAGGCAGCAGUAAGAGCAGCAGCAGUAUGAAGCUGAAGAUCAUACCCAAGGUGAAGAAGGAAAGAGAGAAGCUCCACAAGCAGAAGUCCAACAGCUCUCUCUCAGGAACUUGGGAGAUCAAAGGUGGGGCCAGUGAUGCAGAUUGCUCGGGCAAUUGAAGUCAUGCAUGAGGUGCUUUAUUACCACCCCGAUUACCCUGCAAACCAGGGGUGAGGAACACCCCACCUGUUCUCCUCCCCUCUAACCAUGAUGCCCAGUGGCUUGACAGAGAUGUGAGGAAGAAAAGGAAAACCAUCUUCCCAACUUUUAUGCCAUUUCCUCCCUGUUUUACUUCUUUGUUCUCUUUUUUUCGCAAACAGGGAGGAAUUUUUUUUCUUGUUUUUAUCUAGUUUUUUCUGAAGGGGCUUGGCUUUGCAUCGCAUCGCUUUACCAUCGGCGUUGUGCUUUUGGUUCUGUUAACCUGCUUGAGCUAGGAAGUGGGCGUGGCUAGCAGCAAAUCAAACAGAGGACAAGGGAGACGUGGAAGGACGGCGUUCUCCUCGCAAACUUUUUUUUUUUUUUUUUUUGACAAAGAAAUGUGUUUACGUGGUGCUCUCCUUGCAUGUCGAGUGCGGCCAUCUUAUUUUAUAUCUAUUAUUAUAAGUUACGGUUGUUUAAUUUUUUUCUCUCUAACUUUAAUUGUUUUAUUUCUGAACUUAUCCUUUAGACUUUGAUUUUUCUCGAGACUAUCUAAGAGUAUUUAUUUGUUGUUGCUACUGCCAUGAGAACUCCAACGGCAACAAAUCAACAAAAUGAACAAACUGAAACAUCUCAACCUUAUGUCUACUGAACUGGAGAAUAUCUUAAAUGUUGCAAAAAAUAUACUGAGGAAUGUACUUGUGUGGACUUGUAUUAACCUGUGAAUAAUGAUAAUGUUAAACGAUAAAUCAUAUACUGUAUGAUUUCACAAAGGUUCUAUUGUUGUGGUUCUAAAGUGGUUCUUAAUAGGCUGUUGUGUGACUAAUGUGGUCCAAGGCUAUGCAGCCGUGCUGCAAAAAAUAAUGUUCUUUAUGAUGAGUCAUUUCAUCUAGAUUUCAGCCUCAUGAAAAGAUCCGUCUGUGGGAUUUAAAGUACGGUACAUCACUUAGUUGUUAUCAAGGUCUAAAAUGUGACUUGUGUGGGAGUCAAAAAAUCUUUUCCGACUGUGCUUUUUUUUUUUUUCACUUCUUUUUUUGAGGAUCAUUUCAAGGUACAGCGCUAGAUGAAAUGACUCAAUAAGUUAAGGUAUUUUUGGCAAUGUGUGGUGAGGGUGUUUACAGAAGGAGGAAGCAUCAAGGAAACAUUGACAAAACAUUACAGCUACUCAGCGUAUUACUCCUACUUUGCCAUACUUUUGAUUGUAUAUGUAAUAUAAGAAUAAGAGUCAGUGGACAUUUGAUUUUUGCCUUGUCUGUGGUUAAAAGCUAUUAUUAUCAUUACUGUUAUUACAAAUAUAUAUAUCUAUUUUUUUGUAUAUCUUAUUUUCCCAAUGGUAAUCUGUGAAGCUGUUCUGGCUUUGCUGCUUCCCCCUUUGAGAAACUCCUCGGCCACUGUGCAUAUAAUUGAAGCCAAUUAACGCUGUUCUGUGUGUCCCUGCAUGCAUACUUAGCCUUCCUUCGCCUCACAGUGCGGACUGAAGUUGCCUCAUAACAGUGAAUUUUAGCUCGUUUGUUCCAGCCGGUGGCAUUUGUGAGUAUUUAUUUUUAGUUUGUUUUAACCUGCUUCUCGGUCCAGGUUGUUGGGGUUUAACUGCAACAGACCACUGGAGAAACAUGUAACUGAAACGUUUAAACUUCACGAGAGUGUUUUGAUUUACACCGUUUCUUCCCACACAGUUCUCCAAGCAGAUUACAACAAACUCAACUACUUCAUAUAUCUGAAUCUUAAUUGCCCUAGCUACGGCUAAGACAAGUACGAGAAUGUGCCACUGUUUUGACACGGCUAAAAUACUGACGUUUACGAGUUCUAGAGACAAUUUCUACCCAGGUUUUACAGUAAUGAUCCUUUAUGGAAUACACCAGUAUUUGGGGAAAUUCACUUUUUGCUGUAUUACGUCAAGAUGGACAAGAAGAUAUCUUUUUCAUCUUUGUGCACUCAGUAGAGAGGUAGAAAGAGGAAGCUCUGAGAUGCGAUUAGCUUAGCAACAAAUAAAAAAAUAAAACAAACAAACAAACAAACAGAAAAAAACUGAAAUAAUUGGGAAACGUUUUCAAAUUGGUUUUUGGAUUUUCUUUUACUACAGGUGAUAAAAUGUGUGUAUAUAUAUAUAUAUAUAUAUAUAUAUAUAUAUAUAUAUAUAUAUAUACGGUAAAAAAAGAAAAAUGUUUUAUUGGAAGGUACUUUUGAUGAAGAUAGGCUAGCUGAUUCCUUUGCUUUCAGUGCUUUGUCAUAAGCUAAACUAAACAGGUCACGAAGCUAACUUUGUACUGAACGGACAGAGAUGAAUUAUAGAUACUUCUAUCUAGCGCUAACACAGCAAAAAUGUGGAUUAUUGUCAGCAUUAUUUUAAAAGUUUUAAUUGUUAAGAUGUAAUGAAGUAUUGUUUACCAGUCAAGUCUAGACUUGAGUCAGAUAGAAGCUACAAAUGUUUGUAAGCUGUGCGGAGUGCUAAUGGUGGAGUUCGUUCCAUCAUCUAACGGUCGGUAUGAACUAUGAAGAACCACAGAGAAGUAUUUUGUUUUAUACACAACUUGCCUAAAGUUGAUUUUUCAUGAGCAACUCCAACACUAACAUAUCAACAUCAUCACAAAUACACUUUGACCUAGUUCUGGUCAAGAUGGACAAAGUUAUUUGGAGCUUUAAAUUGAACAUUACAACCAAGAGUGAGGCUGUAAACAUGUAAAGGAUCAUUUCUGUGCUUCUUCCCAUUCACUGAAAGGGUUGGUUCUUAAUUUUCUCAGUUAUUUACACGUUUAUGGAACUAACCCGAGCUAACUCUUGAUAGGGCGGAGUUACUGUGAGGCGUUGUAGAUGUUCAGAUCUGGUAGGAUUGUGUUACUGUAUCCAUAGUGUGCCAGCUAUACGCUCUACACCUUAGAGGCUUUAGUAGUGUCGUGCCAAGUUUGUACUGAGUUCAGUGGGUUAUGAGAAAUGUGUGUGUGUGUGUGUAAGGGUGUGAGAAUGCGUGAGCUAAUUUGCGCUUCAGUUGCGAAAGUUGUUGUAUGUCGUACAUUUCAAAGUUUACUGUAUCUUGCCUUGCACUUUACGAAGAAGCAAACUUAAUGGGGGGAAAAAAAGACAUUUUUGUGUAUGUGUGCGUGUGUUUAAGAGUUCGAGUGGUUAAGAGUGAUUUGUUUUUUUAAAUUGAUUUAAUGACACAAUAUUUUAUUUAUGAGAAAUGUAUACGGACAAAAGUGUGUUGAUAAAAUGUAAUAUAUCUAACCAAACAUAAAAGAAUGAUAAAUAUAUUGAGAUGUAUACACAAAUGUUUAUUACAUCAGUGGUUGUACAAUUACUCUCACAGCAGCUUGAGACCUCCCAUUUAACACCGAUGUUCUUAUAUGUGAUUAAUGUGUCAUUCCACUGCCACAGCACUGUCUUUGAAAUGUCUUUCCAAUGUUACACCAAUUGGUAUUGAAAUAGUUUUCUUAAAAAAAAUUUACCAAUGUUAAAGAUAUUCUAACCUUAAGCCAAAGUUCUAGAAAUUCUCCAGUGUUAUUACAGACUAUUAACGAAUCAUUUACACAGAAAAGAUGUCAUGUACAGCCUGUGUUUAUUCAAUAUUUGGGUGAAAUUUUUGUGUAUUACUUUUGAUCUGAUUAGUGUUCGUUGUGCUGUAAAUGAACACAAAGGUGUUUUGGGGAACACACCUUUGUGGAAGCCAUUUUGGGAUGAAAAACUAGUUGCCUAUGUUUAAUGGUCUUUUAACCAAUGAUUUCAUAGUUUGUUUGGUUUGGUUUAUGUCACUUUUUUUGUUUGUGUAAUUUUUUUUUUUCAAGCAGCAAGAAUGGACUGAAACUCUUCCAAGGAGUUUCAGCUGAGUUGAGAAGCUGAGAAGAAAAUUGACAGCUGAGAAAUGAUUCCAAACACUCUACCAUGUUUGUGCAACAGUUUUCCAUAAGUCAACAUUAGUGAAUGCACCCCCCCGAUCUGAACAGCCUAUAUAUCGAGACUGUGUGCGCAAUGCUGGAAGCCAGACUAGAUGUUGCACGACCUUGUACGUUGCGAGGUGUUUUAUUGUGUUAUCGUGUGCAGUGUGUAACAAAGACAAAGUCAGCGCAACCCUUUGGAGAUUAAAUGAAUUAUUGAAGUGUGAA